AUGGAUGCGUACGUUGAAGAAAUCAGAAAACUCGAGAACAAGUUUUCAGAAUUGGAAAUCCACCACGUAGAUCGUGACAACAUUGUGGGAGCCGAUGUCCUGUCCAAGCUUGGGUCUACUCGAGCAGCUGUCCCUCUCAGAGUUUUUGUCCAUGAAUUACAUCAUCCAUUAGUCAAGAUUCAAAGUCAACAAGCUACUGAUGCGAAGGCCCCGACCACAGUCAGGGAAGUAUUGAUGAUCGAAGAAGACUGGCGGCUUCAAUUCAUCGACUUCAUCAGGGAAUUCAAGCUUCCACCACAUGUUGAAGCCAAAAGCGCUGAAGCAGCACGCAUCAUCAGGCGAAGCAAAGGUUUCGUCCUCAUCGGCGACAACUUGUACAAACACUCCGCCUCCGGCAUCCUCAUGAAGUGUGUUACUCUUGAGGAAGGCAAGGAUAUCCUCAGGGAAAUACAUGAAGGAGUUUGUGGCAAUCAUGCCACAUAA